GGACUGGGCAGGCUACGCAGGCCUUAGCUCUCCAUCUUGGCGGAACAGCUGGACCGGGGCGUACUGGGUUUUAUUCCGUUUCUGAAGAUCGACGGCGACUCCCGAGAAGCGUCUCGCUUAUGAUGUCAAAAACCGUCUCCAGGUGGAUUCUGGUCUCGGUGAAGAACGGCUUUCCGCUGGGCAGAAGAGAGCGGCGCGGCUAUUCCAAAUGUGUCCUGAACAGAGGUCCGGAUAAACGUGGAGCACACGCUCAUAAAGCAGUCACUCAGACCUGUUUGUGUUACCCGAUAUACCAGACUUCCAAGGCCUUGAGGUGCACCUCAACCGAAGAAGAUGUGCACUUUCAGCUACACCCUUCCCAAAUCAACUACGCGCUUCGGGCCAACGAAAUGUCCUACAAGCUUCCGGAGCCCGAUGGGAAGGGCCGCAGCACCAUCUUAAAGUUUGAAAGCAACCAGUUGGCUUCGAACACUCCUUGCGAGGACCGCCGGAGCGCGGCGACGUGCCUGCAAGCCAAGGGUCACAUGUUUGGGGUGUUCGAUGGCCACGCCGGCUCGGCAUGCGCCCAGUCCAUUAGCGAACGUCUCUUUUACUACAUAGCCGUGUCCCUCAUGUCCCAAGAAACUUUAGAGGAGAUGGAGUUUGCCAGGGAGCACCUGAAGCCCGUUCUUCCCAUCCUCCAGUGGCACAAGCAUAAGAAUGACUCCGUGUACAGAGAGGUGGCCUCGCUCUACGUGGACCAUCUGCGGGUCUACUGGCAGGAGUUGCUCAAUCUGGAUAAUGAAUCUGGAAUGAAGGUUGCCGAUGCCUUGUCUUAUUCCUUCCAGAGACUGGACUCGGACAUUUCCCUGGAGGCUCAGGUACCGGCGGAAAGCGAGCUGGUGAGGAACCUCACGCUGCAGAUCGCAUUUUCGGGGGCGACAGCAUGUGUGUCGCACAUCGACGGCAUCCACCUGCACGUGGCCAACGCCGGAGACAGCCGAGCCAUCUUGGGCGUUCAGGAUGACAACGGGAACUGGUCCGCCGUUCCGCUGACCGCCGAUCACGAUGCUUUCAACAAUUCCGAGCUUCGAAGAAUAAAAUCGGAGCACCCAGCGUCCGAGGAGGAGACGGUCGUGAGCGAAAACCGUUUGCUGGGGAUCCUUAUGCCCUUUAGAGCGUUCGGAGAUGUCCGGUUUAAGUGGAGUCAGGAGCUCCAGAAAAGUGUUUUACAAAAUGCUUGUGACUCGGAACCUUUAAAUAUUUAUCAGUAUUCCCCGUCCAAUUACCAUACCCCUCCGUACUUAACCGCCGCGCCCGAGAUUACCUACCACAAGCUGAGAACUCAGGAUAAGUUCCUCGUCAUGGCUUCCGACGGCCUUUGGGACAUGUUGGAGAACCAGGAGGUGGUGAACCUCGUAGCAGAACACCUUUCUGAGGUACGUUUGCAGGAGCCGGAGGUGUCGGUGGAGAAGCGGAGUUUGGGAUACAUGCAUAGUCUUCUGCUGAAGAGACGCUCUCGGGGAUUUCAUCUUCAAGACCAGAACGUGGCCACCCAUCUGAUCAGACACGCCAUCGGCAGCAACGAGCACGGUGACAUCGACCAGGAGAAGCUGGCGGCCAUGCUAAGCUUACCGGAGGACUUAUCUCGGAUGUACAGGGAUGAUAUAACCGUUACGGUCAUAUUCUUUAACUCUAGCGCUGUUGAAAUGCACUACAAGGAGAAUGAGGGUGCGUGAGGACCGCCGUCAAUGG